UAGAUUGUGUUCCAUGUGACUUGCCAUACAGUAUCCAAAACCCCUGGUGCCGAGAGAGGAGAUGUGGGAAGGACACUAUGCUACAGUAGCGCACUGGGUUGCUGCUGUUCAGAGAGGAGCAGUCCAGACUCCACUGUGGUACCGGAUGAUGCAGAGACAGAUAGAGAGCGAGAGAGGUGCGCAGUAGGCUUCUCAGUUCUCAUUGGAGACGUUUUGCAGUCGCUUAGGAAUGUUUUCACGUUUUGCACUAAAGGAAGUUUUCUGAAACAGGAAAAACUGUGAGUGGAGUAAACCGUGCCUCUGCGCGGUGCUGUGUUGCGUUAGGGGUGACGUUCGGUGGGGAAGAGGCUGAAACGGUAUCAGGGUGAGAAGAGAUUAUCCGUGACAGCAAAUAGAAGAUCUCCAUUGGGCUCGAGCUCCUCUCUCUCUUUUCUGACAAACCAUCACUCACCGACCAACCGUCACGGUUUGAAGAUGCCCUGCGCUUCAUGAACGAACGAGUGUCCUCAGUUCCUCCAUUGUAUGCUGGCUAUACUGUAGCCUACACGGCGACAAGGCUGCAUGUUUUGGAUAUUUGGAUAGGAUAAACAGCGUAGUCAUUUUUGGAUUGAAAUUACCAACGGAAAAUUCAUCCAUAAAUGAUGGACGAGCGAUGUUAAUAGUGGACAACUGAAGGGAUUGAUAGCCUACAACGCAUUAUAGUCUAGGGUCCCUCCCAGCCUUUCCAGGUGUUGUGUGGUGGUCUAGAAUGUAGGGAUGAUCCCUGUGGGGCGACUGAAGGCUCAGCCACAGCUGUGGCAGAUAGAGAGAGAUGCCUCUCCAUGGCUGUGGAUGCUCCCUGGCCAUGGUUCUGCUGCUGCCUCGGGGCUCUGCCGGCUGGGUGCCAAUACAGCCCAUGUUGCCGCGCCACACCAUCACCACCCCUUCCUGCUCUCCCAUCACCACCCUCCUCCGUUGCUCCAAGCCGUCUCCAGCUGGCAGCUGUCCUGUGAUCCCUUCCUGCCUCUGGCCAGGAUACCGACACACACAGCAGCUAACCCUGGCAUCAGUCAGUUUCCCCUGCAGAACGUGCAGUGGGAGCUGCCAUCUCCACACCACGUGCUGAGAUUUCAGCCUUCUGCCAACCUGGAGCUGGUCCCUGUAUUUCCUCAUCUGCACCGCUCAGUGCUGCCUCCUCACUGUGGCAAAGGAUGGGUGGAGAAACGGGUCCCCGACUACAAGGCAUACUUGAACAACACUCUAGCUCUGGAGAACACCUGGCUUACUCCGGAGGAGAUUGGAAUUUUCCAGCGGCACGAAAAACCAUUGUUGAUGACGAAUCAAAUGGCAAUGAGCAUAUCUAGGCCAGCUACUGCCUCCAGGAGUCUCAACUCUCUCCUCAUGUCACCCAGACCUGCUGCCUCCAGGAGUCUCAACUCUCUCCUCAUGUCACCCAGACCUGCUGCCUCCAGGAGUCUCAACUCUCUCCUCAUGUCACCCAGACGUAUAUCAGGUUGUCCUGUGGCUAUCAAGAGAGUGGGCAGGAACAAGAGGAUCUCUCUGGCAGCUGCCGCCAUGACAGCCUUGGAAUCAAACCCCUCCAGACUCCAAGGGCCUUCGCCCUCCUCCUGCUCUCCCUCGUUCAUCCAUCCCCUCCGCCUGUUCCAACUGUCACCUAUCAAGAUCCCCUUUCGCCUGUCUCCACCUGGCCCAGGAUCCAGUGCCACCUGGGAGGGCCUGAUGGGACCCAUGCUGCCAGCCCAGUUUGCCCGGAUGACAUCACUGUCAGCGCCAGGUGUUGCUCUCAUGACCGGAGACUGGAGACCCCACUCAACAUCAGAUAAGCGGUUGUCCAGGAGAAGAGCGUCAUGCGCUGCGACGUUGGUGCUGCAUACACUGCAGGAAACAACCCAGGAGAAACACACAGAGCAGGAGAUGGUAGAGGUCCCCAUGGAGGAGGAGGACGUUGACCCUAAAGACAAGCGUCCUGUAGCUUCCACCCCUGUUCCCGGAUCUCCAUGGUGUGUGGUGUGGACGGGGGGACGACAGAGUAUUUUUCUUCAACCCAACGAUACAGCUCUCUGUUUGGGAUCAGCCAGUAGAUCUGAAGGACCGUGGAGAGGAUCUCAACAGGAUUAUAGAAGAUCCUCCACAUAAACGCAAAAAGGAUUCUUUGUCCACAGAAGACGGUUCUAACUCUCCGUCUGCCGAUGACGAUGAUGUUGAUGAUGAAGAUGAACAUUAUUCAAAAACCAAGAGGAACAAACUGGAGGAACCUGCGGAUGGUAAUGAGGACCUGAGAGAGAGGGCAGGCGCAGAGACAUGUGACUCUCCCCCCCAUCGGACAGUUCUACCCUUAGGGCUCCGCAUCACACACUUCAGGGACAUGCU